GCGGGGCGGGCGCGCAGGGCAAAGCGAGCGAGUUGUGCGAGGGCAAAAAUAGCAGUCAUCCCCGGUUUGGUGCCUUUGCCUCUGAGAGCCAGGAACUGCUGGGUUCCCUCGCAGAAAACGUAGCCGUGCCUUUCAAGUUUUCUGUUCUGACCAGUAAAUGGCCCGUUACGUUCCAUAACGUUUACUUGCAGCUCGAGAUAUAUUCUUGCUAGUUGGCUUUGGCAUAUUUCGAGAAGUUGUGUUCUUCUUGUCCCGGCUAAUGUUGCAGUUCUUCUUUCAGUCAGGCACAGAAAGAGGCAUACCAUUAACAUGCAUAGAAAUCCAUUUUUCUGGACUUCUGAACUAAUUUCAAUCUUUUGAAUUCUCCCAGGUUCUCAGGCUAGUUUUUGCUGUUGCAUGUAACGAACAACAUCGGAAGCAGCAGCUUUUCAUCUUUGGCUUGUAUUGUGAAUGCAACGGUUGAGUGGUUUCAAAUUUUGUCUCAGAUUUAUCUCAGUCUUUAAUGAUGUGAGGGCAUAAUUUCUCAAGUUGUAACAACACAGCUCAAUGCUUUCCUUAAGCUUCCGUAGUCGGGCAGUAACAGCCUGUCUUAUUAACUAUUUACAGCUGUGUAGAAGUUUAAAGACCUUCUCUGACUUUUUCUAUGCAGUCUUGAUAUAACUCCAGUAUUAUGGAGGCAGAAAGGCUGUAUUUCCUAGGCCCUAGACCAACUGCAGCUGAAGCAUGCUUUUGAUGAAAAUAAGAAUCACAGUAAUCAGAGAGUCACACUGAGGGCUCCUUCCUCAUGGAAAUGAGGACAUGUGAUAGGGAAGAUGGCACCUUCUCAUCUCGCACCCCAAGCAGAAGGCAGCCAUAGCUCAGAAGGGAUGGAGCUGGAGAGCCCAUGCUGGACUUCAGAGGCAUGGCUACUAAGCUCUUCCGUGUUGAUGUUUCUCAAUAAAAUAUGUCUGCUUCAGCAAAACCAGCAUAUUCGCUUUUUGUUUUUAAAUAAUCAUAUUAAAAACAUAAUGAGCAGUUCUGCUAAAGCCAUACUGCAAGAGCUCCAGGUGGAGGUGUAGAAAUCUACAGAAAUCUAGCAUUCAUUUAAUGAAUAUGUUACAGUAUAACAACACUUAAAUUUUGUUCUCUGGCCCUAGUCUUAGCAUUAUCUGUAUGGAAUAUAAAUUUAUAGAAGAUAAAAUAAUUAUGGUGCAUCUGACUUGAAAGUCAGACUGACUUGAAAGUCUCUUCCUUUUCACUUUUAGUCAUCCAAAGCUGAAAGUGGUAGAAAUAACAGUGAUACCACUAGAUUAGUUUCAAUUCUCCUCAUAGAAUCCAUUGAUUAAAACUAAGCAAAACUUAAUGAAAAGAUAAAGAUUUCUUUACAGAUCAUAACACAUAAUUCAAAUGGAAUGGACUAACUAGAUAGAGAGCCUUUUCUACCAGUAGAAAUGCCUGCUUUUUCUCCAUUCACUGAUGAACCUGUGGCCUAGGAACCUUUUCAAUGACAGCAAAUAUCACCAAAAACUCUAGAGAGGGAGUUGUAGUUUUGGUACACACAUACAUAGCUGCUAUUAUAACUUUAACACUGGUAUGCAUCUUUACUACUCAAUAUGACCUUCAAAUGUGAUGAUGUGUGGGAAUUUAGCUGCUACUGAAAAUACCCGUAGAUACACUAAAAGCAACCCUAACCUCUGGGUUUCUGGUAGAGAAACAGUAACGCCAGUUUGUUUCUUCUUUUACAGGUUCGUCCUUCAACCUAGUAUCAGUUAAAAUAGAAGACUACGCAGAAUGAUUGCUGUUAGCACAGAGUUGCUUAUGGAGGCACAAAAAAUAAAUGAAAAGCUCAUUUCUUCAGAGUCAUCACCACUUUGAGAGCAUUGUAAGAGUUUUUGAGGGUUUUUUUGAAUCUCAAGAUGGUACUGGAUUUCCUUCUCUAUUAGUCUUUCUCUCAGGUGACUAGUAACUAAGAUAUGGAGAGAUCCAGGUCUUGAAUAAUGUUUCAUUUCCCUUUCUCAAAUAACUCUUGAUAUGGUUCAAACCUGCUAUCAGGCAAUGGGAUGUUCCAUUAGUAAAGCUCUUUUAAUCUGUGCAAGAUAUAAACUGGAAAAGGAAGGUGUCCAAGCAAAAAGAAAAUUGUCCAGAAUGACACUAAUGGCUUUUCUUUAUUAACUCUUCAGUUAAGCAAAGUUUUUUCCUACACGCUUCUCAGCUAAGUGUGUAGUGUCGUGGAACAAAGAUAAUAGAAUGUUCACCCUGAAAAUAUUAGGGAGGUAAUGUUUCAUAUUGAAACGCAACAUAGAGUUGAAAUGGUUUUCAUCAAUCAAAAGAGAGUGUGCAAAUUAGAGAUGGCCUGCACACACUGAAAUCUGCAAAAUCAUCAGUCAGCAAAAUCCACCAUUCCUUCAUGUUGAACAAAGAGAAAAAAAAUUAUAGAAGUGUGACAUAACAGGGACAUAAUGCCAUAAGCCUGAGGUAUGGAGAUGUAUCUUAUCCAGGGCAAAGCUCUGCAGGGGGGUUCCUCAGACAAAAGUUAUGUAGAGUCAUACUUAGGGAAAAGAAAGAAAUUUCAGCAGAUUUUGAAAGUCAUUGUGGUAUGCAGAUCAUACUGGUUUUGGUUGGUUAGUAGCAACUCAGAGAAAUUAGCUCAGAAAAAAUAAAUAAAAAACUAUUUCCUUCAUUAGCUAAUAUUUGUAUAAAGAGAAGCCCACCAAAAUGAAAAUUUCUGAUAAUAUCAACAGAGAGAGAUUAGAUCGCUUACAGAAUCUCUAAUCUGCUUCUUUAAAGUUGAUCUAGAGGCAAAGGUAGUCUCAGAUAGCAUUGUUUGUCUAUUAUAUGGUUUCCCAUCAUUUCAUUAAGGAUUGGGAAAAAUUGAACAGAAAUAAUAUGCAUUAAUGCUGCUCUGCUUGUAUGCACACAAUUAUAAAAUUUAGGUUAUCUAAAUUCACAUAUCCAGUUCUUACUUCUAUUUUAGCUAUUUUAAAGCACUUUAAGAUUGAGAGAAUCUGGCAAGGCUGACUUCUUGUCACCUCUUUCCAACACAUUACUUGCAAGAUUUUUUUUUUUUAAAUAAGUAUUCCUACUUUUACAUGAGGAACCUUCCCAUCACAACACACUGUCAGUGAAUAUUCUGAGGUUGUUUUAAGGUUUGAGCUUCCCUUUGGCACAUGACAGUAGGAGCACACGUGAUGUCAAGGAAGGAACACGUCUGCAUGUGUAGAGGAAGCUGAGUAACAUUUUUGCACUUUGAAGAAGUCAGCACCAUACAACUCACAGAGGAACCUUGAAGAGCCCUGCCUUUUUUAGGUGACAGAUCUAGCCUUCUGCUCAAUUUAUAUAUGCUUUAGUAUUGUUUAGAUGUUCCUGUUUUCUCUUAUAUAAGAUUUCUAAACAUUAAGCAAUUUUGUACAGGGCACUGGCACUCUGGAGAACUUUGAAACUUUAGUACAUGCUGGUGUUUAAGGUAAACUGAAGAUUGAACUAAAUUCUCAUGUCUUUCUGUUUGUUCUAAAAUGAAGAAAUACAUGAAGAUUCCUAAUACAUGAAGAUUCUGUAGGCAGUAUAACUUUGUGCUGAGUUAGGUUUUAAUGUUCGAUGUUUCUGUGCUGAAUAAUUAGUGGUUCACUGAAUUUUCAAAUGGCUGUGUGGAGUUUGCUUCCAAUUAACACUGUCCUCUUUGUAUUACAUCCAGUUACUUUAGAUGUUUUAUAGGCAGUUUUCCUUUCUGCUUGAGCACCAGUUAAAAUAUGUUCAACGCUUAAUAGAAAAUGGUUUCUAUAUACACCACAUUAGGAAUUCCAUCUUGGAUCACUGACAGUGGAUUUCCUGAUCAUUUUUGAAAGCUCUCACUUAUUUUGUGUUAGUUCUCUACUAGCAAGGUAAGAAAUGCUAGUGCAGUUAUUAGCAUAUAUAUUUUCAGGUGCCUUCGUUAUAAUUUGCUGUGAUGCAAUGAUUAGGCGUGUGCCCAGAUGGUGUCUGUCAUUUCCUUACCCAUAUCGAUGGGCUCUUAUGCACAUGAGUAAUCUCACCAACUCAAGAUGAAUUGCUUUUGUAGCUAACUGUUCCCUCAUGGAAAGUCUGACAAUAUAGUCUAUAGCAAAGCAUAGUUAAAAGCCAACAUAAUAAUGCAGAACCUUAAAUUGCCAUUCUCCCAUGUGAGCAGCCGGGUAGGAGGCCAAGGCAUGCUGAACACCACAUGGUAAAACCUACGUAACUAAUUCAUGUUGACCUGAAGUUAUACAGGAUCUACCUCACAGUAGACUAACAUGACUAGUAAUUUAUUUGCAUUGAGGUGACACCAGGUAAAUUUAUGUUCCUUUACAUUCUGAUUAACAGCAAUAUCAUUGUUCCUUCAGAUGCUAAUUAAUGCCUUUCUCGUUCUAAGCAGGACUGUAAAAUGGAUUUAGGAUUAAAAGACCGUACCAACAGGACACCUACCAGGAACACCUCUGCUACUACAAAGAAUUUUUCUGCCUGGGAAGACUAUAAGAGUAGUGUUGAUGACAUACAGUACUUUCUUAUUGGGCUGUACACACUUAUAAGUCUGGCUGGCUUUAUGGGAAAUCUGCUUAUACUAAUGGCCCUACUAAAGUGCAAGCAGAAGACGAUAAUAAACAUUCUCAUAGGUAACUUGGCCUUUUCUGACAUCUUGGUUGUGCUGUUCUGUUCGCCUUUCACACUGACAUCCGUCCUGCUUGAUCAGUGGAUGUUUGGCACUGUCAUGUGCCAUGUAAUGCCCUUCCUCCAAUGCGCAUCAGUUCUAGUUUCAACUUUGAUGUUAAUAUCUAUUGCUGCAGUCAGGUACCGUAUGAUAAAAUAUCCCCUUUCUAGCAAUCUAACAGCAAAACAAGGCUAUUUCUUAAUAGUGACCAUUUGGGCCUUUGGCUUCACAAUUUGCUCCCCUCUACCAGUUUUCCACAAAAUUGUGGACCUCAGCAAAACUCUGAAUUUAGAGGCACUGGAGAACAGACUCUUGUGUAUCGAGUCAUGGCCUUCCGAUUCCUAUAGAAUUGCCUUUACAAUAGCCUUACUGUUCAUGCAGUACAUACUGCCGCUGGCGUGUUUAACUGCUAGUCACACGAGCGUCUGCAGGAGCAUAGGUUCUAGACUGUCAAACAAGGAAAACAAGUUUGAAGAAAAGGAGAUGAUAAACCUAGCUCUUCAUCCCUCUAAGAGCACUAGCACACAGGUGCAGUCCUCUGGGCACUCCAGGUGGAGCUGUGCCUUUGGCAAAAAGCACCACAGAAGAUAUAGCAGGAAGACUUCAAGUGUGAUGCCAGCUAUUUCAAGGCAUCAUCAGGAUACUCAUUCAAGAGAUCUCCCAGAAACCUCUGGCACAGAAAAAAGUCAGCUCUUUUCCUCCAGUAAAUUCAUCCCUGGGAUUCCUAUCUGUUUUGAAAUGAAACCAGAAGAAAAUACAGAGAUCCAGGACAUGAUUACAGUAUCCCGAUCCAUUGUCAGAAUUAAGACAAGAUCAAGGAGAGUUUUUUGCAGACUGACAGUGCUAAUCCUAGUUUUUGGUUUCAGUUGGAUGCCUCUUCACCUUUUCCACAUUGUGACAGAUUUUAAUGCCACUCUCAUUUCUAACAGACAUUUUAAAUUAGUAUAUUGCAUAUGCCAUUUAUUGGGUAUGAUGUCCUGCUGCUUGAAUCCCAUCCUCUAUGGGUUUCUUAACAACAGCAUAAAAGCUGAUUUAAUGUCCCUUAUCCCAUGCUGCCAAAUACUAUGAUUUUAUGUGCCCCAAGAUAAAGUAAAACAAGUAUGGCUUUCAAGCCUACUGGCGUGCAUAGCUGUAAAAGAUAUGUAAAAGAUAUUAGUUUAGUUUAGUUAGUCUGACUUGGUUAUGAUUAGUAGCAUUUUAUGUGAAUGGAUAGUUCUAUGGCUGCAUGUAUUUCUUGCAUUGGGCAGAACUAUAUACCUAUGUUAUAACAUUUCCCUAUCUGUUACACGUAGGAAACCAUGCCCAGUGUACAAAACCGGAAUACCAUUUUCAUUACCUGAAAUGUUGGCAAUCUGUACUUUGGAAUUAUACAGAAUAUAUUAUGAAUAAUAAAUGUAAGACAGACUACUUAGACAUAUCAGUAUUAACUGUCAUAAAACUAUAAUAAAAUACAUAUAAUUUACUAAAUAA